AUGCCGCGCGCGCCGAAUGCUCUGGACGAGGCGCAAGCUGCUGCCCUCCGCGCUCCGCCUGCUGCGCCACGCUCAUCUGCUGGCGGGAGCGGCUCUUCCGCGCCUCCACCCGAGGUCUCGGCGUUUUCUCUCGAGGGCUCGGCGGUGCAAUUUCCGCCUCUGCUUCGGCAAGCGUCUGUGGCUGCUCAAGCGCCCGGCGUUCCUGGCGCGUCUCCGUCACCAACUCUCGUUGCAGCUGGUGCUGGCGGGGCGUCGGGUGAGCGCCAGGACUCAGUCGAGGUCGAUGCUGUCCGGGUUCCUGUCGACUCCGGUCUCUCCGAGCCUUCGAUGUCGAGUCCUCGUGAGCGGUCGUCACCAACCCCCACGAAGCCGUUGGAAGGUGGACGUGGGGUGUCGGCUCGCUCAGAGGAAGGUGCUCCGUCUUCUCCCCCUCAGUCUCCGUCGAGUGUGCAGUCCGAUGACUUAGUCGACCCUGUGUCUGGUCCAACACAGUUUUGCCGAUCAACUUACACGGAAGCCCACGAGCCCGCUCCGCCCGAGCCCUCGUCGUCGGCUCCUGGUGACGACGCUGAGUCCUCGCCUCGCGCGCCGAUCCCUUGGUCGCUUGAGGCAGCACUCGAGGGCCUGAUCGAAGCAAACGUCACUCGCACCGUGCGCCGCUCCGAGUCUCAGUUGGAGUAUCAUCUGGACCAACGGUUGGCAGACCUCGGUCAGCUCAUGAUCGGGCUCGUCCGGUUCCCACUGCUGCGAGUCGACUACGACCUUGACCAGCGUUUGGCUGACGCCCGAAGUCUCAGCUAUGUCGUCCGAGCUGCCUCGCCAGACGCCUUGCCGCGUCCCCUCGGCUGGGGUGAAGAGCUUGACGCCCUACGCCAGGAGAGCGUUAAGGUGAUCGACCACCUGAAGGCCCAAGUUUCGAAGCGCGACUCUUCGCUGACGAGCCGUCACGCUGUCAUCAAGAAGGACCGCCAGAGCUUUCGUGAAGGGCUGUCUCGCUACUCUGACACCCUGAAGAAGUUCCAUGCGUAUCUCCAGCAGUCGAACGAUCAACGCUUCAUCCUGGCGAACCUUGACCUAGGCGAUGACUCGUUAUUGCCUCCAGUACUCAAGGAGUUCCUCCGAGACUUCGCCGUCAUGGAUUUCGAGCUUUCGGCUGCGACGGCCCCGCUGAAGCGCCCGCGUGAGACUUCAGAACCAGCGGCUGUCCACCCAUCUCCCAAGGCCAAGACCCAAGACCAGACGAGUCCUAACUCAGAUCGAGACGAGGACUUCGGAGACGUCGGCCUAUUCUCGGAGGGCUCGGACGAUGACGGGCCUUUGGUGCCAUCUUCGAAGCGUCGGAAGAAGCUGGUUGGGUCGACUCCUGCAACUGCCGCGCCGUCCACUAUCCCUCGGAAGCCUGCUCCUUCGAAUCUGAAGUCUCGGCUCGGGCGUCCCUCGAAGCCUCCUGUAAAGAGGAGUACGUCCGUGCUUCGGCGUCCUGCUGGUAGUCGGCCACUACGUCUUCCUGCCGCCUCGACCACGUCGGCGGAGCAGGCAACUGCUUCGAGCUGGACGCUCGCCUCAUCGGCAGCCAUCUCUGAGCUCGGCACCGAGGCGUCGGUUCCCCGCCCUCUGGUCGCGCCGUCGUCUCCGCAUCGUUCGGACGCCUCCACCUCGUCGCUGCCCGGGUCGCGCCGUCUCUCAGACAAGGCACGGGGAGCAGAGGACGUCGUGAACUCUUCGGUGCUGAACUACGACUCUCCUUACGAGGCUUCGGUUGUUAUGCAGUCUCGCAAGGAUGGCCAGCCAGUGCGUUCUGCGUCAACUAUGGCUUCUCUUCAGUCCAAGGUCGCGGUGGAGAGUGAGAACGCCCGUGACGACGUGGUCCUGGCGACUCCCACUGCUGCGUCUUCGCGUGGUGGAUCGCGUCGUAACCCCAAGAAGGUGUCGGCUAAAGGGGCUAAGAUUCAGCUCCGUCAGCGUUCACGAGCCCGGGCCCUUCCUGUUGCUCCAGACGUACCGGCUUCUCGUCCGAGGGUUGGGCCUGUGCAGCCGAGGGCUGGUCUCGUUCCAGUCCGUCAGACUACUGCUCAAGCGCGCCGUGCUGAGGCCUCAUCUCGUCAGGCUGCGUCGACGGCUCGCCGCGACCAGGUUCUUCGCCGCGGUAACUAUGACGGGUCACUCCUGUCGCCUCCGUUCGCGAGUCCUGGAGCAGAGGUGGGUUGGCGGGAGAUCCUGGAAACUCGGACCGUCCCGCCUGUUCCAACGUCUGCCCAAGUCGAGUGUUCGGUUGAAGGGAUCCAAGCUUUCAGCGACUGGACGAAUCCUGAUCACCCCUUCUGGCGAUUUAUUGAGAGUCUCCCCGCCGAGCCUUGCUUGUUCGACGUGACCGACUUCCUUCCUGACGUUCCUAUCUCUAUUUGUGCGACUGGAGUCGCGUUGCUCACGAAGCUGUGGCGUCAGUUUUGUUGUCGAGCGGUCGGUUCAACCGAGAGUCACGAUCUGUCCUUUGCGUUGAACGAGCGUGCGCACUGGGUGUCUCCGGCGGCACGCAACGCUCGGUCCGAUCGCCUCCGCAUUCAGAUCAAGCGCUGGUGGGCCCAACUGCUACCCGAUGCGGAUGGGAAAUUCGACUACACUCCCGAGAUUGGGUUGAGGCGGUCGUUGAAGCUGAUGGCCACGAGCCUUGGCGUAACUGCUGGAUUGCCGAGCACGCACCCCUACAACACCAAGUUCGUACCAUGCAACCCUGGGGCGAUGCUCUUCAUUCCUCGCGGGUUCACUCUCCAGGAGGUGGCGUCCGCAGUUAUCGUCAGCCCGAUGCUCGACCGAAGCGAGGUCUCGGCUCCGUGGAUCCGGGAGUACACCCACUACCACGGCGUUCCCGCUCCUGCUGAGAAACACAAGUCCGUGCUCAGCUCCGGCGACGAAGACAACCAGACCGGGGGCUCGGUUGAGGAGUCGACAUCUCCGUCGGGUCUCCAGCGUCCGGCCGCUGGCUGUGGCCACCUCCAAGUGCUCGCUCACGCCGCUUCCGCGUCGAAGCCGUAG